CAAACCGACCAUCUUCAAGUUUUGGCAUUUAAUACGUUCUAAACUACUGCUUACUCGUAUAACUUUUGUAAACGAAAUCAAACUCUUCACUUUGAAAAUAUUGAUCUUAUUUUAUUGAAAUCAAUUGCAAAUCGACACCACAUGACGUCAUGAAUAACUAGAAUAUUACGAGUUAAGGUAAUUCCCACAAUAUUAACAUAUUUUCAUUUUAUUUAGUCAUGAGAAUUAUCGCGUGUAUUUAAAAUGUAAUUUCAAGAAAACUACCGAGAUGUCGAGUUGUAAACAAAGAAAUCAAUAUCGUUUUAAAAAUUACUUAGGAUUGAAAGUGCUUAUUUUUAUCCACUUAUAUGGCAGCAGUUUGGGCGAAUUAAAUUUUGGAGAUAAGUGCUUCAAUGCAGCACAAUACCAGGGAACUUGUGUUCAUUUAAGUAAUUGUGAAUCAGCAUUAAAAUUGAUAGAUAAUCAUAAAAGUCCACAUUUUUGCAAUUCUGGAACAGAAGACAACUUUAAUGCACUGGUCUGCUGUGUGAAUAAUGUUGAAGCUUUGCAAAAUGAAAAUCAAUAUAAUACCAUUAGUCAUGCAAUGUGUAUGAAAUAUUUACCCAAAUUAUUUGGACCAGAUAAUGAGGAAGGAUUUUUUCAUGUGGCUGUCGUACAUGGAAGAAAGUCACUUGCCAAGGAGUAUCCACAUAUGGCUUUGUUAGGAUAUGGGGACAAUCUCCAAGAUAUUGAGUGGUUAUGCGGUGGCUCCCUUAUAUCGGACAAAUUUAUUUUAACAGCAGCCCAUUGCAUUACUUCAAGAUAUGGAGCACCAACUUGGGUUCGAUUGGGAGAAUUAGAUACAGAAGAUACACGCGAUGAUGCAGAUCCAAAAGACUUUAAAGUAUUAAGAUCAAUUGCUCAUCCUGACUACAAAAUACAAUUUGUGUAUCAUGAUAUUGGAAUUUUAGAGUUGGAUAAAACUGUUAAGUUUACCGAGUACAUAAGACCUGCUUGUAUCUAUCAAGGAGGAGACCUUUCUAAAUAUAAUAUGGCAUCAGCUAGUGGUUGGGGCACUACUUCUUUUGGAGAAAAAAAUAGCAAUCACUUGAGGACUGCAAAUUUAGUUUUCGUAAACCACACUAAAUGUAACCAGUUUUAUAGGAAAUCAGCUAAAAAUAUGCUCCCAAGAGGAAUUUUGGAUGAUUCACAGAUAUGUGCGGGUGGAAACGAAGGAAAAGAUACUUGUCAGGGCGAUUCAGGAGGUCCACUGCAAGUUAUAAAACCAGAAUCUAAAAAGAAGAAAAAUACUAAUGGCAAUUGUUAUGAUAUCAUAGGAAUAACAUCGUUUGGAUCUCUUUGCGGUUUAGAAAAUAUACCUGGAAUAUAUACAAGAGUAUCGGCUUAUCGAGAAUGGAUCGAAAAUAUUGUUUGGCCCUAAUCGAAUUUUAAGAAAAAAGAUUAAUAGGAUUCUAGUUUGACUUCCGUAACUUUCAGAGGUUAGGGCUUUAGUCUUUGAAGAAAAACGUGUAAAGCAUGUUUUAGAAAAGAAUAUAAAAUAUUAUGCUUUAAAAUAUAAAUGAUUUGACUGAGUAAAUUUUUAUUAAAGUAGUGUUUAGUUUAUUUGACAAAAUAAAGAUUUUUUAAUAAAUAUUAUUAUAAUUUUUUAAA